UCGUCAAUGGACGCCAAUAAAUGUCUUCUUGUACGGAGCAGUAAUUUCAAGCUUUUUGUGAGCCGACUGUCAAGUCGAUCGAGCUCAUCACAAGCUGGCCAGAAAAAUCCAAAAGGGAAGAAACCCGACGCAUGUCCUUUGUCCUCUUUCAAGUUUCAUCAUCAAUUAACUUUUCACUGCCUUUGUUGUUUUUUCCCCUCUUUCCUCCUCUCCCCUAUAUCUUGCGCUGAACUUUGGAGUUGGGGGAAUCCGCUUUGAAUAAUGGAUAAUCGAGCCAGUUCCGGCGCACCCUUUUCAUUUCGGCUUCUUGUGCUCAUACUUUUUUGUGUUGGAGUGAAUUUUGCUUUUGUGAACUAUGACACCGGCGGCGGCGUUGUGGAAGGGAAGUUGAAUGUUCACUUGGUUGCUCACUCGCACGACGACGUUGGCUGGUUGAAGACCAUCGAUCAGUACUAUGUGGGUUCAAACAACAGUAUUCAGGGAGCGUGUGUGCGGAAUGUGCUUAAUUCAGUUGUUGAUUCUUUGCUUCGCGAUUCAAACAGGAAGUUUAUAUUCGCUGAAAUGGCAUUUUUCCAGCGAUGGUGGUCAGAACAAAGUCCCGAACUCCAGAAACGAGUGAGAAAACUUGUGACAGAUGGCCAGUUGGAAUUCGUAAAUGGAGGUUGGUGUAUGCAUGAUGAAGCAACAUGCCAUUACAUAGACAUGAUCGACCAAACCACUCUUGGGCACAUCGUGAUAAAGGAAGAGUUCAACAAGGUUCCUCGUGCUGGAUGGCAAAUUGAUCCAUUCGGUCACUCUGCCGUGCAAGCAUACUUAUUCGGUGCUGAGGUUGGUUUCGACUCUGUACAUUUUGCGAGGAUUGAUUAUCAGGAUAGAGCACAGCGCAAGGUAGAUAAAUCUCUAGAAGUUGUAUGGCGUGGCUCCAAAACAUUUGGUUCUUCAUCUCAGAUUUUUGCAAAUGCCUUCCCUGUUCAUUACAGUCCUCCUCCUGGUUUUCACUUUGAAGUGAAUGACGACACCGUUCCUAUUCAGGAUGAUCCUUCACUCUACGACUACAAUGUGGAACAGCGGGUUAAUGAUUUUAUUGAUGCUGCUCUGACCCAAGCAAACUUCACCAGGACUAAUCACAUAAUGUGGACAAUGGGUGAUGAUUUCCAGUACCAAUAUGCUGAGUCCUGGUUCAGCCAAAUGGAUAGAUUUAUUCAUUAUGUUAAAAAGGAUGGUCGGAUUAAUGCUCUGUAUUCUACACCAUCCCUAUAUACUGAUGGAAAAAAUGCAGCAAAUGAAUCAUGGCCAUUGAAAACUGAUGAUUUUUUCCCGUAUGCGGAUCAUGAGCAUGCAUACUGGACCGGCUUCUUUACUAGUCGCCCUGCCUUUAAAGGAUAUAUCAGGAUGCUGAGUGGAUAUUACUUGGCAGCACGACAACUCGAAUUCCUUGUUGGGAGGAAAUCCAUCGGCCCCAAUACUUUUAGUCUUGGCGAUGCUUUGGGGAUUGCACAGCACCAUGAUGCAGUAACUGGUACUGCUAAGCAGCAUACUACAAAUGACUAUAUGAAACGGCUUGCUGCAGGAUCCUCUGAGGCAGAAGCAGUGGUGAAUUCUGCCCUGAUUUGCCUGGGACAAAAUAAAUUGGAAGAUCAUUGUGAGAAAUCAAAAAUACUAAGUCAGUGUCCAUUACUCAAUAUCAGUUUCUGCCCACCGACGGAGCAAGAUAUUCCCAAUGGAAAUAGUUUGGUCGUGGUGGUGUACAACCCUCUUGGUUGGAUUCGUAAUGAUAUCGUUAGAAUACCAGUUCAUGAUGCUGAUCUUAUUGUCCAAGAUACCUCAGGCAAAAUCAUUGUGACGCAAUUUCUUGCCAUCGAUGAAGUCACGAAAAACAUAAGCGAGUUUUAUGUGAAGGCCUACUUGGGAUUUCCAAGGGGACAAUUUCCCAAGUACUGGCUUCUGUUUCAAGUAUCAGUUCCUCAACUUGGAUGGAACACGUACUUUAUUUCUAAAGGAAGUGGUGGAGGUAAAAGAAGAUCCGGAUUUAUUCCAGCAGGCAGACGGAAUGAUACUAUUGAAGUUGGACCUGGCAAUUUGAAGAUGUCCCUUUCUAUUGCUUCUGGUCAACUCAAACGCAUGUACAAUUCAAAGACUGGGGUUGAUGUACCAAUACAACAAAGCUAUCUUUGGUAUGCUUCAUCCACAAAAUACGAUCAGAAUUCUGGUGCAUAUAUUUUUGUGCCUGAAGGGGAACCGAAUAUCGUUUCAAGAUCAGUUCCUGUGGAGGUCAUUCGUGGAUCUCUAGUUGAUGAGGUCCGCCAACAAUUCAGUCCGUGGAUCUACCAGGUCAUUAGACUUUACAAAGACAAAGAGCAUGCUGAAUUUGAAUUCACAGUUGGUCCAAUUCCAGUGGAUGAUAGUGUUGGAAAGGAGAUCAUCACAAGAAUGACAACAAAUAUGGUUACGAAUAAGGCGUUUUAUACUGAUUCGAAUGGGAGAGACUUUUUAAAGCGGGUUCGAGAUUAUAGGCAGGACUGGAAUCUUUCUGUCAAUGAACCACAAGCAGGAAACUAUUAUCCGCUCAAUCUUGGGAUGUACACUACAGAUAAGAAGACUGAAUUAUCUGUGUUGGUCGAUCGUGCCACCGGAGGAGCUAGCAUUAAGGAUGGACAAGUAGAGAUAAUGCUUCAUAGACGUACACUCUAUGACGACAGUAGAGGAGUAGGGGAAGCUCUUGAUGAACAAGUGUGCGUUGGGUACAAAUGUCAAGGAUUAACGGUGAGAGGUAACUAUUAUGUGAAUAUCAACCAACUGGGUUCUGGAGCACGUUGGCGCCGAGAAACAGGCCAGGAAAUUUACUCACCGCUUCUCUUAGCUUUCGCGCAUGAGAAAAAGGAGAGCUGGAUUGCAUCUAAGGUGACCAAAUCAACAACAAUGGACCCAUACUACACCUUGCCUCUCAAUGUUGCCUUGAUUACUCUUCAGGAGUUGGACGAUGGAAGUGUUCUUGUCCGCUUGGCACAUCUAUACGAGGCCGGAGAAGAUCCUACAUAUUCAACAUUGGCUAAGGUGGAACUGAAGAGAAUGUUCUUUGGAAAAAAGAUAAAAGAGGUGAAGGAGAUGAGUUUAUCAGCAAACCAGUUGAAAUCAGAGAUGAAAAAGAAGUCGUGGAAAGUUGAGGGAGAUGACAGAUCCAAUGAAACACCACUCAGAGGUGGCCCUAUUCACCAAUCGUCUCUUGUUGUGGAGUUGGGCCCAAUGGAGAUUCGCACUUUCACAUUGAAAUUUUGAAUAAAAAUUUCAUCUUGUAAUGUAAUUUACACAAAAUAAUAAUAUCAGCAAUGAAGCUUGAGACUUUGAAAUCAUUGCCUCAAA